UCCAAGUCAGUGGGCACAUAUACAUCACUACAAAAGCAAGAUAGUCAGGGAUAUUUUGUUGAUAGGGGUGUUGGGUCCCCUAGACUUGUAAAAUCCAGCUCUACAACUUUUACAACUAAUAUUAAUCUGGAAACUGAUACCAAGAAUUCAAUGCCAGCAGCUGCUGGAGCUGUUGCAGCUGCAGCUGUGGCUGACCAGAUGCUGGGUCCCAAGGAGGAUAGACAUUUAGCAAUUAUCCUGGUGGGUUUGCCAGCUCGAGGUAAAACUUUUACUGCAGCAAAACUUACAAGAUACCUUCGUUGGUUAGGUCAUGAUACCAAGCAUUUCAAUGUUGGGAAGUAUCGCCGCCUUAAGCAUGGAACUAAUCAGUCUGCUGACUUUUUUCGAGCUGACAAUCCUGAAGGCAUGGAGGCCCGCAAUGAGGUAGCAGCUUUGGCAUUUGAAGAUAUGAUAUCUUGGAUGCAAGAAGGUGGCCAGGUAGGGAUAUUUGAUGCGACAAACAGUACCAAGAAGAGAAGAAACAUGCUGAUGAAAUUGGCUGAAGGAAGAUGCAAGAUUAUAUUUCUGGAAACAAUAUGCAAUGAUGUAAACAUAAUAGAAAGAAAUAUACGUCUUAAAAUUCAGCAAAGUCCUGACUAUGCAGAAGAGACAGAUUUCGAAGCAGGGAUAGAAGACUUUAACCGUCUGGCCAAUUAUGAGAAGGUUUAUGAACCUGUAGAAGAAGGAUCUUACAUUAAAAUGAUUGAUAUGGUCAGUGGGCAUGGUGGGCAUAUACAAGUGAACAAUAUCAGUGGCUACCUUCCUGGUCGGAUUGUUUUCUUCUUGGUUAAUACCCACCUCACACCACGCCCCAUAUUACUUACUAGGCAUGGAGAAAGUCAGGACAAUGUAAGAGGAAGAAUUGGUGGAGAUACUGCAGUGAGUGAGACUGGACAACUGUACGCAAAGAAGCUUGCCAACUUUGUAGGAAAGCGACUCAAAUCAGAACGGGCUGCUUCUAUAUGGACUAGCACAUUGCAACGAACAAUUCUGACAGCAAGCCCAAUUGGUGGAUUUCCCAAGAUACAAUGGCGUGCUCUUGAUGAGAUAAAUGCUGGGGCAUGUGACGGGAUGACAUAUGAAGAGAUCAAGAAGAACAUGCCAGAGGAGUAUGAAUCUCGCAAGAAAGACAAGCUUAGGUAUCGAUAUCCUCGUGGAGAAUCUUAUUUGGAUGUUAUUCAAAGGUUAGAGCCUGUGAUUAUUGAGCUUGAGAGACAACGUGCACCUGUUGUUGUAAUAUCUCACCAGGCAGUCUUGAGGGCAUUAUAUGCUUACUUUGCUGACAGGCCUUUGAAAGAAAUCCCACACAUAGAGGUACCCCUUCAUACAAUAAUAGAGAUACAAAUGGGAGUUUCAGGUGUCCAAGAGAAACGAUACAAACUAAUGGACUGAAAUGAGCAGAUGAGCAGUUCUCUUGGAACAAGUAACACGGUUUUGGGAUUGAGAUCAGAAGCAUGGGCAAUGAUGCAACCGGCAAGUGGCAAUAAAUGUAUUCAAAGCAGCUAAGCUUCUCUGACAAAAAUGGUGGGAAAUAAAGGCAAGAAAAACGCAAGGCUGCAUCUGUGUUUCAAACUCGUGCAAUUCCUCUUGCCUACUACCAACCACAUUUAAUUUUUUUUUUUACAACAAAUUAUUUCUUUGUGCCUCAA